UCGAAGUUGGGACUGGGGUGUAUGGGCCUCACUGGAACUUACAAUGAUCCUCUUCCUGAAGACCAAGGCAUCUCCAUCAUUAAGCAUGCAUUCAAUAAAGGCAUCACUUUUUUCGACACUGCUGAUGUCUAUGGUGCUAAUGCUAACGAACUUUUGCUCGCCAAGCAGGCUUUGAAGCAGUUGCCUAGGGAGAAGAUUCAGAUAGCAACAAAGUUCGGCGUUUUAAAGUUAGACUUUGCUAAUUUGCAUGUGAAGGGUACACCAGACUAUGUGCGGUCAUGUUGUGAAGCCAGCUUGAAACGCCUUGACGUUGAUUACAUUGAUCUCUAUUAUCAGCAUAGAGUCGACACAUCCGUGCCUAUAGAACAAACAAUGGGCGAACUUAAGAAACUGGUUGAGGAGAAAAAAGUGAAAUAUAUAGGGCUAUCUGAAGCCAGUAGUGAUACAAUAAGGAGAGCGCAUGGUGUUCAUCCUAUUACCGCAGUUCAAAUAGAGUGGUCUCUUUGGACUCGAGACAUCGAGGACGAAAUAGUUCCUCUUUGCAGGAAACUUGGUAUUGGAAUUGUAUCUUAUAGCCCUCUUGGUCGUGGCUUUUUUGGUGGAAAAGGAGUUGUCGAAACUUUACCUUCUGUUAGCUCCUUGAGUGCUCAUCCUCGGUACCAAGCAGAGAACAUAGAGAAGAACAAGAGGAUAUAUAAGAGAACAGAAAGCCUUGCAAAGAAGUAUGAGUGCACCACUCCUCAGUUGGCAUUAGCAUGGGUACUCCAACAAGGCAAUGAUGUUGUGCCUAUUCCUGGAACUACUAAAGUCAAGAACUUGGAUGAAAACAUAGGUGCUUUGUCGGUGAAAUUUACUGAGAAGGAGCUAAGGGAAAUUUCGGAAGCAAUUCCAGUUGAUGAUAUAGCAGGAAUUCAGCACUACAAUGAAGGGCAUGCCAAAUUAUCUUGGAAGUUUGCUAACACACCUCCAAAAGAUUCAAGCGUUUAUGAACGUAAUUGAAACACACAAUCAUGAAUUGAAGGGAUGAUGGUAACAUGCAUAGGCAAUAAUACUACUAAUAAUUAAAUAAUAUAUGUCCGUUUUAUUGAUGAAAGUUUGAACGUAAGUUCCUUAUUAUAUAUAGACAUAGUAUGCAUGGUAUGAUA